AAAGUGGGAAAUUGCGAAGGAAUUAAUAAUUGAGUUAGCAGAGACCGAGAUCUCUAUCUCUGAUAUUUUUGGAAGAGAUCUGCUAAAACAAUAUCAUACUGCUCCUGCAGACAAACGGGAUGUUAUCACAUUAUAUCUACUACCAUCUUUGUGCUUCAAGCGAGGACGGGGGAAGAGCACAGGUUACAUUCCAUCAGUGCAAGAGGCCAGAAAGUUUUUUAUUAUUCAUGUGACUGUAAAUAAUUAUGUUCAAAUAAUAUUUUUUUCACUCUUAAAAUUCUACCUUUUUAGGAACUAAAUGGUUUUUUCUGUACUUUUAGAUUCCAGGAGAUCUGAGAAGAGCUGUUAAAAGGCAUUGUGCCCACCUAAAUGCCAUUGGAGCCCGUCUGCAACCGAUCCUUAUAGUUGUCGGACAGACACUGGCAAACAUAACUGCCACAUAUAUUCAAAUUGAUGGUAUUUGUUACAAGCUGAGAACACCAGAAAACACCAGGAACAAUGUGGCUCUGGAUGCUUGUCUGAAGGCAUAUCAUGCUCUAGACGCAGUAUAUCCUCAAGAGUGCAAGGUUGUAUGGUAUUUUGUACAGCACUACUUUUAUAAUUUAUAUUUGAAAGAGGAUGAGAACAUCUCUCGAGUUGCAAGUUUAAUAAGUUCUCUUAAAGGACUUGCCUCAAAAAAAGAAUAAAGUAUUUAUAAACUUAUCGUAAUUUUCCAUGUAGGUUUUAGGCUAAUUUUAUCAGCUGUAAGAAGCAUGUUAUAUAUUUGUAGUGAAUGUCAUGCAACUCUGCGCUCAAUAGGUGCACUUUGCACUCAUUUGCAGAUGAUUCAUUUUUUUAAUGUUCUUAGUAUUUACACUUGUGCUCAAAAUGAUUGCAAUAGAGAGUAUGACUCUGGAAGUCCUUCAGGAAACAUUUGAGAACAAAACAUCCUAUCAGACCCCAUUCAGAAGUCCAAGUAGUGGAAAAUAUCUUAUUACCUGAGAAUGUCAUUGAGAUUAAUCAUGGCAAUGCUUCUAUAGAUGGCAAUUCUUUGAUGCCUAUAAAUGAAAAUAUACCUAAUAAUUUGCAAGGGAACAAUGUGGACAUUAGACAAUUUCAUGAAAUAACUGUCUUGAAUUUUCAAAACAUUCUAUUUCAGUCGUCUUUGGCUCUUGUUGCCAAGUUAUACAAUGACAUUACUCUCAAUCGCACUCAAGUACAGAAUAUUCUCAGUCAUGUUAAGAAAUUUGCUUCAAAUGGUUUCUUAGAAAUGUUAAAGGAUAAAACUCUUACUGUAGUUAAGAAUAACAAUGUACCUCAGGAAGAGAUAGAAGCUUUAGAUGCUAUGUUUGCUGCAUUCCGCAAUAUGUUUUCUGGUCUUGAAACUGAGACUCAACAAGUGAAUGCCCUGAGACAGAGUCAUUGUUAUAUAAGUCCCAAGUCAUAUAUUAUAAGCAUAGGUGAAAAAAUGAAAAAUUAA